AUGGCGUCGCACCGGUCGCUCGUGCGCCUGCUGGUGCUCUGCCUUCUCUGCGUCGCUUCUCUCGCGGCCAAGCGGCGCUAUCUCUCCGUCAGCUUGGACGAGCUGCUCAGCUCCAAGGCUCACGUCGACUGCCCUCCCACGAAGAAGUCCGUGACAACUUCUGGCAACAAGCUCACGAUCCCUGCUAGUUGCGCCAUACCAAAAUGCUGCGGCGCCGGCGAGUCAACCGGGCGUCACGUUAUCAACCACGACAAAAACCGGCUGAGCACUCUGCUCCAGAGGUCCUCCGUCUCAUCUGCGCCACCAUCUGCGCCACCAUCUGCGUUGGCAGUCCCCAUCCCCAGGACGCCGCUAUUUCCAUUUCCUCCAGCUCCAUCGGUGCGCCCCUUCCCCGGGAUUCCAUUUCCAUUUCCUCCAGCUCCGUCGGCGCGCCCCUUCCCCGGGAUUCCAUUUCCAUUUCCUCCAGCUCCGUCGGUGCGCCCCUUCCCCGGGAUUCCAUUUCCAUUUCCUCCAGCUCCGUCGGCGCGCCCCUUCCCCGGGAUUCCAUUUCCAUUUCCUCCAGCUCCGUCGGCGCGCCCCAUCCCUGAUACUUCAUCUGCUCAAGCUCCGCGAUCCUUCUUCCCCGGGAUUCCACUUGCUCCAGCUCCGUCGGCACGCCCCUUUCCCGGGAUUCCAUUUCCAUUUCCUCCAGCUCCGUCGGCGCGCCCCUUCCCCGGGAUUCCAUUUCCAUUUCCUCCAGCUCCGUCGGCAGGCCCCAUCCCUGAUACUCCAUCUGCUCAAGCUCCGCGAUCACAUCAUUUCUUCCCCGGGAUUCCACUUACUCCAGCUCCGUCGGCACGCCCCUUUCCCGGAAUUCCGUUUCAAUUUCCUCCAGCUCCGUCGGCACGUCCGCCCUUUCCCGGGAUUCCAUUUCCUCCAAUCUCAGUUUCUCCGGUAGCGCCGCCAGCAGAGCCGCCGGCCGUGACGAUCCCGGACAGCUCCGGGGCGUACCUCGACACGCUGGAGUUCGUGGUCACCGUCGGCUUUGGAACGCCGGCCCGGGCGUACGCUGUCGUGUUCGACACCGGAAGCGACGUGUCGUGGAUCCAGUGCCAACCGUGCUCCGGGCACUGCUACAAGCAGCACGAUCCCAUCUUCGACCCGGCCAAGUCCUCCACCUACGCCGCCGUCCCCUGCGGCCACCCGGAGUGCAAGGCCGCCGGCGGGCAGUGCGACAGUAACGGCACCUGUACCUACAAGGUCGAGUACGGCGACGGCUCGUCCACCUCCGGGGUCCUAUCCCACGAGACACUGUCGCUCACGUCCUCGAGCGCUCUCCACAGCUUCGUGUUCGGCUGCGGCGAGAACAACCUCGGCCCGUUCGGCGACGUCGACGGGCUGAUCGGCCUCGGCCGCGGCCAGUUCUCCCUGUCCUCGCAGGCCGCCUCGUCGCUGGGCGCCACCUUCUCGUACUGCCUGCCGUCGCACAACGGCACGCAGGGGUACCUCACCAUCGGCUCGACGCCGGUGUCCGACAAGGCCGCGUACACGGCGAUGGUGCAGAAGCCGGACUACCCGUCCUUCUACUUCGUCGAGCUCGUCUCCAUCGACAUCGGCGGGUACGUCCUGCCGGUACCGCCGACAGUGUUCACGAGCGCGGGAACGCUUCUCGACUCCGGCACGAUCCUCACCUACCUCCCGGAGCAGGCGUACGCCCUGCUCCGGGACCGGUUCAAGUUCACCAUGAAGCAGUACAAGCCGGCGCCGCCGACGGACAUCCUCGACACCUGCUACGACUUCACGGGCCAGAGGGCGAUCUUCAUACCGGCCGUCUCGUUCAAGUUCAGCGACGGCGCCGUGUUCGACCUCGACUUCUUCGGGGUCCUGCUGUUCCCGGACGAGGCGACGGCGAUCGGGUGCCUCGCGUUCGCGGCGAGGCCUCCGACGAUGCCGUUCAACAUCGUCGGCAACACGCAGCAGCGGUCGGCCGAGGUGAUCUACGAUGUCGCUGCGGAGAAGAUCGGGUUCGUCCCGGCCAGUUGCUGAGAUCGAUGGUUGUAGGUUGGAGAAAUAAGCGAAGAGCGACGUGUGUUGGAUGUAUUUUGUUCUGUUCGAUAUGGUUCCAACUAGAAAUAAGAUGAACCUUCUGCAAAAAUAUAUUUUUCGCUUUGGGCUGUUCAAUAAUUCCUGUGCCGUAUCGGCCGCGUGUUGAAUGCCUGUAGUAGUGGUUCGAGAAUACGCCGGUACUGUUCUACAU